GCUAUAAAAAAGGAGGGGAGGAGCCAGCCGCCGCCGCCUCGGCCGCGCACUCCCAACUCCUCUCCUCUCCUUCCCACUACUCUCGCGAGGAGGAAAGCGAAGCCAAGCGAGAGAGGCUUCCGCCGUCGCCUUCCCCUUCGCCUUCCGAUCGGUCGCGAGGUUUCAAGAUGGCGACGUGCACACUUGCAACUUCAUGUGUGUCCUUGAGCAAUGCUAGAACUCAGGCCUCCAAGGUGGCGGCGGUCAAGAGCCCGGCAUCUCUAAGCUUCUUCAGCCAAGGCAUGCAGUUUCCAAGCCUGAAGGCCUCCUCCAAGAAGCUUGACGUCUCGGCAAUGGCUACCUACAAGGUUAAGCUCAUCACACCAGAAGGGCAAGAGCACGAGUUCGAGGCUCCGGAUGACACCUACAUCCUUGAUGCCGCCGAGACCGCUGGAGUAGAGCUUCCCUACUCAUGCCGUGCUGGAGCAUGCUCUACCUGUGCCGGUAAGAUCGAGGCUGGCUCCGUCGACCAGUCGGAUGGAUCAUUCCUUGAUGAUGCGCAGCAGGAAGAAGGCUAUGUGCUGACAUGUGUCUCCUACCCUAAGUCCGACUGCGUCAUCCAUACUCACAAGGAAGGAGACCUUUACUAAGGUGCUUUUUCUUGAAAAUUUUCUGCCAAGAGGCAAAAAACUCUCAAUGUCGUCGGCAAGGUCCAUCGUGUGUACCAGUUGUCUCAACUCUCAAUUAAAUCGGACUUUGAUGGUGGUUUUGAAUGUUGUCUUUCGUUAGUAUGCGUUUCAAGGUUGGGGCUAAGAGAUGGGAACCCAAUGGUAAUACUAGCUAGUCAAUAAUAACCAGCUGCUAUGGCGUAAUACAAUUCGUGGUUUUGGAUAUAAUUUGCAAUAUUAUUAUCUUCAGUA